AUGCAUUAUACUAUCCCAUCCAUUGUUGCUCUUGCUUCCCUGGCAGCCGCCGUACCGACUCCAGAACAGCCGGCGGACCAGUGGAAGGGCGUGAUCGAUCCCUGGGGCCAAUACGGACGCAAACCCGAACACACGAAGCGCUCCAACAUCGAGCUCCUCGACGACAGCACCACCAACUCGACCAAUAUCCGCAUCGCUGGCCUAGAAUAUUCUCCUGACGAACUCCUCAAGCUCGCCAAACGCGCCACGAUCAAGGACUUCGCAGGCAAAAUCCCCGGCUGCGACGACGACCCUAGCAAGAAAGACACGCCGAAGCCUAGCUGGCCGGUCAAUCACGGCGUCAAGAUCCCCAAGAACAAGGGCGCCAACGACGAUGCUUGCACCACCGGUCACAAUGCCGACCAUUGUUGGACCGAGUACUAUCUCGUCGAAGCCGCGAUUGAGUACUUUUCUUGGCUACCGACCGGGUCUGCUGUCAACUGUCCAGCUGGUCCCAAGGAUUCGUGCAGCGUCGCCGUGACGAGCUUGGCGCAGAGCUGUAGCAUCACAGGAACAACCAGCACUGAGGGGUACGACUGGAAGAUCAUCGACGCCUCGGCCAAGUUAGGCAUUGAAUUCGACGCGUGGGGCGUCAAGAGCAGCGUGGACCUCGCAGGAGGCAUGGGCAUCAGCAAGAACUGGGCGACUACGGACCACCAUCUCACGAACACCUGCCGACAAGAUUCUUCGACCGCGACCUGCACCUGGAACAACGACGGUACCGAUAGGAAGAACUUGUGCCAUCAGGUCUGGUACGCCGACCGCGUGCUGCACGUCUGGGGCCAGGCCCAGCGCGUCUGCAACAAGUGCGGCAAUGCAGCCAAUGUCCAGCAGCAGUCUGGCGACGGCAAAGUUUGCGUCCGCGGCGCGAAGGAGUUCGAUCUCCGCCUGCCCAUCAACAAGCUCGUCCACUGUGAUGGUGCUUGCGGCAUCAACGACCCCGGUGUGAACCAGCCGCCCAAUGAGCCAAGGGCCCCUUACGUCGCGCCCUCCAACUGGGACCUCCUGGUCAUUGGUGGCGAUUGA